AGAGAGGUGUCAGAGUUUUCCAUUUAGAUAGACAACUUCAAAUUCUCAGCAUGGAAAACUCAGAGAAGACAGAAGUGGUUCUCCUUGCUUGUGGUUCCUUUAAUCCUAUCACCAAUAUGCACCUCAGGCUGUUUGAGCUGGCCAAGGACUACAUGAAUGGAACAGGAAAAUAUGAAGUUAUCAAAGGCAUAAUUUCUCCCGUCGGCGAUGCAUAUAAGAAGAAAGGACUCAUCUCUGCCCAUCACCGAGUUAUCAUGGCACAACUCGCCACCAAGAACUCAAAAUGGUUGGAAGUUGAUACAUGGGAAAGUCUUCAACAGGAUUGGAUAGAGACUGCCACGGUGCUAAGACACCAUCAAGAGAAGCUGGAGGCCAGUAGCUGUGAUCACCAGCAGAACUCACCUGUACUGGGAAGACCUGGACGGAAGCGGAAGUGGGCUGAACAAAGACAAGAUUUUAGUCAAAAGAAAUCACUAGAGCAAACAAAAACAAAAGGUGUGCCAAAGGUGAAGUUGCUGUGUGGAGCAGAUUUCUUGGAGUCUUUUGGUGUGCCCAAUCUGUGGAAGGGUGAGGAUAUCACCAAAAUCGUGGGAGACUAUGGGCUUAUAUGUGUUACUCGGGCUGGAAAUGAUGCUCAGAAAUUCAUCUAUGAAUCCGACGUGCUGUGGAAACACCAGAACAACAUUCACCUGGUGAAUGAAUGGAUCACCAAUGACAUCUCAUCCACAAAGAUCCGGCGAGCCCUCAGAAGGGGACAGAGCAUUCGCUACUUGGUACCAGACCUUGUCCAGGAAUAUAUUGAGAAGCAUAGUUUGUAUAGCUCCGAGAGUGAGGAGAGGAAUGUUGGGGUGAUCCUAGCUCCUUUGCAGAGAAAAAUUGCAGAAGCUGACACAUAAGAAAUUCUCCAGCAUGGUAUUGUGGACUUCCCUUUUGGGAAUUUGAAACAGUGUGGGUGUUAGUAAAUGGGGGAAGGA